CCAGCUCUUUCCUUCCCUCGCCCAUCGUUCUCUCUGCCCCCAGCGAAAGAACUUCCAGUGUGUUAAAAAGUGGAUUCUUUAAUGAAAACCAACCCAAAUGUCUCUGGGUUAUGCAGAAAAGCUCUCUUACAAAGAAGAUGUGGGCAGUGUUGGAAUGUCAGAGAUUUUCGAACCACCGCUGGUUUUGCAAAAAAAGAUUGAAAAUCUUGCGCUGAUGAUUCAAAAGAGUAAGCAUCUAGUGGCAUUUACAGGUGCAGGAAUAUCAACUUCUUGUGGGAUACCUGAUUUUCGAGGUCCCAAAGGAGUUUGGACACUUCAGCAAGAAGGCAAAGGUCUGCCUGAAGCAUCCUUGCCAUUUCAUCGUGCAAUGCCGGGUGUAACACAUAUGGCUUUGGUUGAACUGGAGAAGGCUGGCAUCUUGAAGUUUGUUAUCAGCCAGAAUGUGGAUAGUCUUCAUCUCCGCUCUGGGAUACCAAGGGAAAAACUUGCGGAGUUGCAUGGGAAUUCUUUCAGAGAAAUUUGCCCAUCAUGUGGAGUAGAGUAUUUGCGUGAUUUUGAGGUGGAGACUAUUGGGAUGAAGGAGACAUCAAGGCGUUGUUCUGAUUUAAAGUGUGCAGUGAAACUUAAGGAUACCGUUCUUGAUUGGGAGGAUGCAUUGCCCCCCAAGGAGAUGAAUGCGGCUGAAAAACAUUGUCGAAUGGCUGAUCUUGUAUUAUGUUUAGGGACUAGUUUGCAGAUCACUCCUGCUUGCAACCUUCCUUUAAAAUCUCUCCGUCGAGGUGGGAAGAUUGUGAUUGUUAAUCUUCAGCGAACUCCAAAAGACAAGAAAGCAAGUUUGGUGAUCCAUGGACUUGUUGACAAGGUAAUUUCUGGGGUAAUGCACUUUCUAAAUCUGCGGAUUCCUCCAUAUGUUCGAGUUGACCUUUUUCAGAUCAUUUUUACUCAAUUCCGCAGCAUUUCAAGGAAACAAUAUGCAAAAUGGGCCAUCAGAGUCACUAGUGUACAUGGAGAGAGAGCGCCAUUACCAUUUAUCAAAACAGUUCAGGUUUCUUUCCCAGAAAGGCCGGAACUGAAAACAGCUUUAUUACAUAAAAAACCAUUUAUGCUAAAAAGGAUGCUUAAAACAAGAUCAUUGAAAAUAAUCCUGAAGCUUAAUUUCAGCGAUGGUUGUGGGUGUCAGUCCACCAGCAUUGAGUUCCCAGUUAAUUUUCUGGCACCAACUACAGAAAGCUUCAACCAAGAUAAGGAUGAUGUCAUUCAGAAGCUUAGGGACACAGCUGUCCGAGAUCAAUGCUGUGGACAGUUCUCAGUAGUUGAGAGAAAGAUCAUUCCAUCCACAAGAAAGGAGAUUUCUGUUUAUGCCAUUGCAACGAACAUUGUUGGGUACAGUGGUUUUUUUGCUGGCUCUAAGUUAUCAGAAGCUGAUCUUGAGAGUAAGAGAGAAAUAAAAGAAGUAAAUCUUGAAAGUAAUGGCGACCUGGUGAAGAGGCAUGAGGAUGUAAAUUAUACUGAAGUACCCAUGAAGAAACUGAAAAGUCUGUAACUAGUAUUUUUGCUCUACGUUGGCAUAGCUUUGGGGAUUAUAAUCAUUAGGAGGGAGAAAUGACUUGGAUUUUGCAGAUGAUGUAAAUAUAGGUAGAAGGUAGAAAGCAUAUGGAUGCAGAGACCAAGUGAUUUUGGAUGCUAACACGGGUCUUCUCAAAUGUGAAUAUGGAAAGGGAGGGAAGCACAAUUGUCAUUAUCCAUUUCCCGUAAAUGUGUAGACAAUGUUGCUUAUCAUUUUUGCCAGCGCUUUCAAUUGCUUUUUGUUAAUCCCCUUGUACAUGAAGCCUUGUACACGAAUAGCUUGUUGAAUUGAAUGUGUAGCUUGAUGCUAUUGCCAACUAAUAUUAUGUGGUUCAACUGAUCGCAAAAUGGGAAAGCUAUGUUCAUAUUUUACUUGUAUUUCAGGUGACAUGCGUAAAAUUAUUGUGUUUAUUAUUUUGUUUGA